AUGAACUCAGCGUAUCGCAGCCUUCACUUGACAGCGUCUCGUCUCAUAAACCCUAAACUCGUCCAUCUUCUCCCUCUCUCCUCCAUCUCCACUGCUCCUCGCCGCCGUCGAAACUUAGCGACUCCUUCCUCAUCCUUCCCUUUCUCCUCAUCCUCUUCUUCUUCGUCUUUCUACAUUCCUAUGGCGGGAGUAGAUGACCAGGUCCCUCCACCGGAGUCUCAUUUGCUCGAGAAGCAGUUCGAGAGCUUCCGUGCUGAGCUUGAAGAUUCUGCAGCUUUGAGAGAGCAGAUUCGUGGUGUGGUUAUGGAGAUUGAGUCGGCCACGAGGCUCAUUCAAGCUAACCUACUUCUCGUUCAUCAGUCUCGACCCAUUCCUGAGAUCAUCGAGAAAGCUAAGGAAAAGAUCAAUGAUUUGAAGAAGUUUUACGGCCAGCUUGCUGAGAUUCUUCAGAAAUGUCCUGGACAGUACUAUAGGUACCAUGCGGAUUGGAGAAGUGAGACACAGGCAGUGGUUUCCCAGCUUGCUUUUAUGCACUGGCUAGAAACCGGAACUCUUCUUGUGCAUACAGAAGCUGAAGCCAAACUUGGGUUGAACAGUAUGGAGUUUGGACUGGAGACAGAAGAUUAUCUGACUGGAAUUUGCUUCAUGUCAAACGAUUUGCCUAGGUACGUGGUGAAUAGAGUAACAGCAGGAGACUAUGACUGUCCGAGAAAGGUGAUGAACUUCUUGACGGAUCUUCAUGCUGCCUUCCGUAUGCUCAACCUCAGGAACGAUUUUCUGCGCAAGAAGUUCGACAGUAUGAAAUAUGACUUGAGAAGAGUGGAAGAAGUGUACUAUGAUGUCAAGAUCCGAGGUUUGAUUUCUGGUGGAGAUGUUCCUCCUCCCAACGUCCAAGACCAAUCCUAAGUCUUUCACUCUACUCUUUGUGACUUUGUUUAGCUCUAUUGAUGAAACGGCAAGGAGUAUGUUUCUGU